CUACGACGACGACGACCACUGCCCAGUGAACGCCUAAGUGUGCUUGUCCGGUUACAGCCCUCACGCGGCCUACGGCUGCGUAGGAUCCACCUUUCCAGGGAAUUGCGAGUCCGAGAGCCUGAGCCAAUCUAAUCCCGGAGAUCAUCUGUGCACAUGGUCCUCAUCCCGUUUCGACGGACCCCCAUCCCUUCGCCGGCUCUCUGCUUCAGAUCUUUCGCCUCCAGACUCGCGAUUUUGGUCCGCUAUUCGAGCUCACGAUCUGUUGAGCGACUAAAUACCACCAUGGGCGACAUUGGCACGCACACGGUCAACACGACCGAGCGCCUCGCCAAGCUGAGGGAACUUAUGAGCAGCAAGAAGUACGACGUGAAGGCGUAUGUCGUGCCGAGCGAAGAUUCGCAUUUCAGCGAGUACAGCGCGCACUGCGAUGAGCGCAGGGCGUACAUAUCCGGGUUCAACGGCUCGGCUGGGUGCGCUGUGGUGACGACCGAUAACGCUUACCUCUUUACCGACGGGCGCUAUUUCCUACAAGCUGAGAAGCAACUGGACCGCAACUGGACAUUGAUGAAGCAGGGCCUACCAGAUGUCCCCACCUGGCAAGAAUUCCUGCACAAAAACCUUGAGAAGAACACGCGCAUCGGCCUCGACCCGACCCUCCUCUCCGUCUCCGAUGCCCAGUCCUUGCGCGAAGCCCUCUCACCCGUCCACUCGGAGCUCGUGCCCCUCGAAGACAAUCUUGUAGACCUAGUUUGGGGUGCCGACCGCCCUCCCCGGCCCACCAAUCCCAUCUUCGCAUUGGACGUGAAAUAUGCCGGUGAAUCGCAUUCGGACAAGAUCAAGAAGGUACGCGCGGAGCUCGAGAAGCAGAAGGCGAAGGCGGCGGUGGUGAACAUGCUCGACGAGGUCGAGUGGCUGUUCAACCUCCGCGGGUCUGACAUCGACUUCAACCCGGUUUUCUUCGCCUAUGCGGUUAUCACGCCGACUCGCGCCCUCCUCUUCGUCGACCCGACCAAGCUCACCCCCGAGGUGCGCGCGCACCUCGGCCAUGGGGUGGAAGUCAAGCCCUACGUCGAGUUUUUCCCUUACCUAAAGGGUUUGAGCGCCGAACUAGGCUUGAGCAAGGAGAUGCCAGUAAUCGUGGGCGAUAAGGCUAGCUUGGCCGUCGCAGACGCUAUCGGACAUGACAACAUCACCAUCGCCCGCUCGCACGUCGCCGACCUGAAGUCGAUCAAAAACGCGACGGAGAUCGCCGGCUUCCGCGCUUCGCACGUCCGCGACGGCGCGGCGCUCGCGAAGUAUUUCUCGUGGCUCCAGGCGGAGCUGGACGCGGGGACCGAGUGGAGCGAGUGGAAGGCGGCGGAGGUCCUGGAGGGAUUCAGGAAAGAGGGCGAGCUGUUCCAGGGAUUGAGCUUCACGACCAUUUCGAGCACAGGCCCGAACGGGGCUAUAAUACACUAUUCGCCGGAUCCGGAGGAUUGUGCAAUCAUACGAAAGGAUCAGAUCUAUUUGUGUGAUUCUGGAGCACAGUACUUGGACGGUACAACGGAUGUCACCCGUACCUGGCAUUUCGGUACACCUACGGACGAGGAGAAACGAGCGUUCACGCGAGUGCUGCAAGGACACAUCGCCAUCGACACCGCUAUCUUUCCGAGCGGCACGACGGGAUAUGUGAUCGACUCAUGGGCGCGGCGGCCGCUCUGGGAAGAUGGUCUGGAUUACCGACAUGGUACCGGACACGGGGUUGGCCACUUCCUCAACGUACACGAAGGACCUCAUGGUAUCGGCGUGCGCAUCGCUUAUAACAACACUCCACUUAAACCCGGCAUGACGGUGUCCAACGAACCUGGUUACUACGCCGACGGCAAGUUCGGCAUACGUAUCGAGAAUGUCGUCAUCGUGAAGGAGGCUAAGACGCCGAACAAUUUCGGCGACAAGGGCUACCUCGGAUUCGAAAACGUUACGAUGUGCCCGAUACAGAAGAAGCUCAUCGACACUACCUUACUCUCGGUGAAGGAACGGGCUUGGCUCGACAAAUACCACCAGGAAGUCUUGGACAAGGUAGGUCCUCUGCUGAAGAACGACGCACGGGCGCUAGAGUGGCUCGAACGGGAAUGUUCUCCCUUAUAAGAUGUUCGUCAAACUAUGAGGGACAGGAAACUGUUGUUCAACUUUGAUACAUGGUUCACUGCGGAGGCUUAUUGAUCAACUUCAACUGAGGAAACUUUAGUGAUAUGGCUCCGCUAACGACCGUUAUUCUGAUAUGUAUGCAAGUUCGGGACCGUUUGCUCAUAAGCCGAGACUGUAUCUUUUGAUCGCACAUACCC